UUUCGUUCAAACACUAACGUAUAUUAUAGAAUUUCAACGCGAAAAUCGCUCAGUUUUCCGUAGACCUCGAAAAUCUUGAAACGUACCGCUCUAAGCCGUUUGAUAUUUUGACACGUGCUCAGCGUCAACUUUGAUGUGACAACGAACGGUGAACGAGGAUUCAGCAAAAGAUUAUAGUGUAAAAAAAGGGACCCUAGUUGAAAGCUGACUGUUAAACUUCAGAUGCCACCAUAGGACAUGAAUACUACAUCUCCGAAAUCCUCUCUGGCCAAAUUAGGACUUUAUCCGCGCCCAAAAACAUUGAAAGUUAUGAUACUUGGACAAGGAGGUGUAGGAAAAUCAGCCAUGGUUGUUAGAUUCAUCACUAGAAGGUAUAUUGGCGAAUAUGACCCAACAUUAGAAAAAAUCUAUAACUUUCACACUGUGAUUGAUAACGAAAUAGUUUAUCUGGAAAUUUUGGAUACUGCUGGACAACCACAUGAAACCGAAUGUUUAGGUCUGGAAGCCAACAUUCGAUGGGCGGAAGCGUUCAUUCUAAUGUAUUCAGUGACAGAUAAAUGUUCUUUCGACGAAUGCCACAGACUUAAAUUUCUCAUAAAUUAUAAUAAAAAAAGACGAAGAUUGGGCAGCGCCGUAGUGGGAAGUUGCGGAGAAGUUCCAGUCGUAUUAGUCGGCAACAAAAUAGAUCAAAUCGAAGAUAGAAUGAUAUCGUCAGAGGAGGGGCAAAGAAGAAGUAAGGAAAUAGGAUGCGUCUGUUUUCAUGAGAUCUCAGUCAGGGAGAGUAUAGAACAGGUAUGGAAUGUUUUCCGAGAUGUUUGUCGUUUUUGGAGAGUGCAUAGUAAAAAUCCAACAAAGCUCAGAAAAAAUGGCAGUGAAAAGGAGCCAAUGUCUCCUGAUACCAUUCGAUUAUUGUGUUCCGCCACUGUUUCUCCAAGUAGUUUAAUUCCAUAUAAUUGUAGACCAGCGGGAGUAUUAGGUAGACGCUGGACAGAAGAAGAAGUAGAAGAAGGCGAAUCGGAAACGAGUGAAAGCACCGCCUUAAGUCCCCUAGAAAGCACUCCUUUUAGGGAGAGAGCGUCGACAGACGGACACAUUCAUCAAAAACCUUGGAGAUGGCGAUAUCCACCACCAAGUACUAGUUCAAAUGAUCCGGGCGGGUACACUUCAAGAGCCAGUAGAAGAAUGAGUAUUUCCAUGAAGGGCAACAACGCCAGUUAUUAAGAAAAUUAGUUUUUUUUAUUAAAUUUAAAUUAAGUGUUUUUAAAUCGUUUUGAUACCUUUGUUUUUUAUGUCAUGUUACUGUUAGU